AUGAAUGUUGCUCCUUCUCCGUUCUAUAAGUCAGUCGGAAAAAUCAUGGGAAGCGAACGGAGCUUAAAGGAGAAGAAGAGAAGUAGAGAUCAAAGCGAUGAUUCUUCGUAUUCUGCAAAGAAGUCGAAGGAUGAUAAGGAAAAAAAGAAACUCGCAGAAGGCGACCACAAGCUAAAAGAGGGGAUCCCAGAGCUAUCAAGUGAGGACUACUUCUCUAAGAAUAAGGAGUUUGCGACAUGGCUGAAAGAAAAGAAGCGCACUUACUUUAAUGAUCUCAAAGCCGAAGCUGCACGGGAAUUGUUUUCUCGCUUUGUCAAGGCAUGGAACAGAGGGAAGCUCGAGUCCCGAUACUACGAGGGAAUCUCCACUGCCCCACGAACAGCUCACAACUGGAAUAUCAAGCAGAAGUGA